UGGGCAUUGCUCCUUGUUCCUUAGCAUUGCUCUUUCCUUCCUUUCUUUGCUAGCUGCUCUAGCUCCCUUGCCUGGUGGUUGCAUUUUGGACUCCAAAAUUUGGAGUUAGAGUUCUUCUUGACCAAUUAGUAGAAAUCAAUGGGGAGGCAACCGUGCUGCGACAAGGUGGGGCUGAAGAAGGGGCCGUGGACGGCGGAGGAGGACCAGAAGCUCGUCAGCUUCAUCCUCGGCAACGGCCAAUGCUGCUGGCGCGCCGUGCCAAAGCUCGCCGGGCUGCUGCGGUGCGGGAAGAGCUGCCGGCUUCGGUGGACCAACUACCUGCGGCCGGACCUCAAGAGGGGCCUCCUGUCCGAGGCCGACGAGAAGCUCGUCGUCGACCUCCAUGCCCAGCUCGGCAAUAGGUGGUCGAAGAUCGCGUCGCAGCUGCCAGGGCGGACGGACAACGAGAUCAAGAACCACUGGAACACGCACAUCAAGAAGAAGCUCCGCAAGCUCGGGAUCGACCCGCUCACCCACAAGCCCCUCCCGGUGCCGGAUCAGAAGCUUCCGGAGCAGGAGAAGAAGACGGAGUCGACAGAGACAGGGACGGACCUGCAGAGAGAUGGGGAUGAUCAGGAAGAAGAAGAGCUCGUCCUCCUGAAAAAGUCCCCCGGGUUCUGCACCGACGACGUGCCGAUGCUCCACCCGGACGAGAUCGUGGUGCCAUUGUCACCGCCGCCACCGACGUCGUCCUACUGCUCCUCGUCGUCGGCGUCGACCAGCUGCGACGACGGCACCACUCUGUUCCCGAUCAUGGACAUGGACUGGCCGGACAGUGGUACCAUGUGCCUGAUGGGGCUGGAGGACGACAUGAUAUUCAUGGCGGCGCCGUGGGAAGAGGACUGCCUGCUGGCGCCGCAGCCCCAGUCGGCGGACACCUUCAGCGCGUAUCAGUGCCAGAGGAAUAGUGCCGCGUUGGUUGAGCAGCAGGAGGCAUGGAACAAGCUUGAGCUCUUCUAGUCGCCAACUAACUAACACCUGUGUGGAUUAAAAUUUACAGUGGAGUACGUACUUUAAUUAGUUGACUGAAACUAGAUAUGACAGUUCGCUGGCGUUAAUUAAUUACUCCAAAUUUACAGUGGAGUACCACGUACGUACUGCUUCCUGUGAACCUAAAUAGUGUAUAGUACUACUGUCACGCGUUAAUAUUAUAGAACUCACAACGUCAAUAGUGUCCAGCGUGUCUGUACUCUGUACACACCCAUGUAACCAGUUGUGAAACACUCGGUCUGAACAAGAAACUGCAUUUUCACAA